CCUCCGCGCCGCAGGGUUCAAGACUGUCAGAGCUGGGAGCCACCUUCACAACUACCAGGGUUUCCAGAACCUCCUUUAUCUAGCCCUGGGGAUGGAAGAGAUGUCAUCAGAGGCGGAGGCGUACUAGGUUUACGUGCCAUUGACUCAGUAGAGGAAGCUGAGACCGAGCAGCCGCAGGAACGAGAAGUACGUCCACCUUGCCUGGGCCCGGAGCCACAGGAGACCCUGCGGAAGAUGAAGAAUGUUCUGGAACAAUGUAAGACCUGCCCAGGCUGCCCCCAGGAGCCAGCAUCCAGCAACGUGAGCUUGCAGGACCCCGAGGAGCCCUCCUUCUGCUUGGAAGCUGAGGAUGACUGGGAGGACCCAGAGGCCCUGAGCUCACUGCUGCUAUUCCUGAACGCCCCCGGGUACAAGGCCAGUGACGUGGCGCUGCCAUGGCUGAGCAGCGUGUUCUGCAGCUUUAGCGACGAGGAGCUGACUGGGUGUCUGGCACAGGCCCGAGGGGCGGCCAAGAAAGCUGGCCUCGUCAUGGCCCUGGCCAGGCUCUGCUUCCUCCUGGGGCGGCUGUGCAGCAGAAGGCUCAAGCUGUCCCAGGCCUGGGUGUACGUUGAGGAAGCACCGGGGGCCCUGGAGGGCAGCUUUGGGGACCUGUUCCUGGUGGUGGCUGUGUCCGCCAACCUGACCAGUAUUUACUGGAAGCAAAAGAACCGAGAGAAGUGUACACAGGUGUUACCCAAAGCUGUGGCCCUGCUCCUGGGGACACCUGGCCACAUCUGCAGCACUGAGGUGGAGGGAGAGCUCCUGAAGCUGGUGCUGCGGCAGGCGGUGGGUGGCCAGAGCCUGCAGCCCGAGGCCCGGGCCUGCUUCCUGCUCCAGCACCACGUGCACCUCAAGCAGCCCGAGGAGGCCCUGCCCUUCCUAGAGCAGCUGCUGCUUUUGCACAGGGACUCGGGAGCCCCAGAGGCUGCGUGGCUCUCAGACUGUCACCUACUCCUAGCUGACAUCUACAGCUGCAAGUGCCUGCCCCACCUGGUGCUGAGCUGUGUCAAGGUGGCCUCAUUGAGGGCACAGGACUCGCUGAGGAGCAUGAACCUGGUGCUCCAGAACGUCCUCCAGCCCCACAGCCUGCCCACCCAGACUUCCCACUACCUCAGGCGAGCGCUGGCCUCCCUAACCCCGGGCACAGGCCAGGCGCUGCACGGCCUUCUCCACGCCAGCCUGGUCCAGCUGUACAGCCACCGUGGCUACCACGGCCCGGCCAUCACCUUCCUGACGCAGGCGGUGGAAGCCAGUGCUGUUGCCGGAGUCCGUGCCAUCGUGGACUGCCUGCACGUGCUUCAUGGGCAGAGCCCAGUGGCCUGACAUCCUGUAGUCUGUCCAGUGGUGGCCAGCGAGGACCAGGAGGGUGUGAUUGCCAACAUGGGGGCCAUGGCUCUGAAGAGGACGGGUCGGAUGAGGCAGGCAGCCGAGGGCUACUACCGUGCCCUACGGGUUGCUCGGGACCUGGGCCAGCGGAGGAACCAGGCAGUGGUGCUGGCCAACUUUGGGGCCCGGUGCCUGCAUGCGGGUGCCAGCAGGCUGGCCCAGCACGACCUCCUGGAGGCCAUGAGGCUGUUCUCGAGGCUGCCCUGUGGAGAGUGUGGCCGGGACUUCACCCAUGUGCUCCUGCAGCUGGGCCACCUCUGCACCCACCAGGGCCCGGCUCAGCAGGGCAAGGGCUACUAUGAGUGGGCCCGUCUGGUCGCCGUGGAGAUGGGCCACGUGGAGAGGCCUACAAAUCCGCUCUGGACUACACCAAAUGAAGUCUGGGGAUUUUCAUUGACCUCCAGAAGAAAGAGGUGGCGGCACAUGCCUGGCUGCAAGCAGGGAAGAUCUAUUACAUCCUGCAGCAGAGCGAGUUGGUGGACCUGUACAUCCAGCAUCUUCUCCCUGAGGGCAGAGGCGGGGCCCCUCACAGUGCCCAGCACCUGCUGGUGGACACAGAAUGUGGCCCUGUACACAGGCGACCCCAACCUGGGGCUGGAUCUGUUUGAGGCAGCUGGAGACAUAUUCUUCAAUGGGGCCUGGGAGCGGGAGAAAGCCGUGUCCUUCUACCGGCUGGGGCGUGGGAAGCUCCAAGCACAUGUUCGGGCUCUGAGGGGGGCGCUGGGCAAGGUGGGUGCUGCGGGAAGCCUGACCCCACCUGCCUGUGUGGUAGGACCGGGCCCUGUCCCAGCAGUGACUACCGGCAACUGCAAGGCGGAGCUGUGGCUGUGCAACAAGCUGGUGGCACUGCUGGCCAUGCUGGAGGAAGCCCAGGAGGGCACGGAGUUUGCCCACAUGGCCCUAGCACUCAGCAUCACUCUGGGGGACCAGCUGAAUGAGUGCGUGGCCUACCACCGGCUGGGCGACGGCGAGCUGGCGGAGCACUUCUACCUCAAGGCCCUGUCGCUCUGCAACUCACCGCUGGAGUUCGACCAGGAGACCCUCUACUACCUGAAGGUGUACCUGGUGCUCGGCGACAUCAUCUACAACCUGAAGGACCCGUUUGAUGCAGCCAGGUACUACCAACUGGCACUGGCAGCCACUGUGGACCUGGGCAACAAGGAGGCACAGCUGAAGAUCUACACGCGGCUGGCCACCAUCUACCACAACUUUCUCCUGGACCGCGAGAAGUCGCUCUUCUUCUACCAGAAGGCCAGGACCUUCGCCACAGAGCUCAACGUCCGCAGGGUCAACCUGCCUCCUCUGCCACUCUGCGGGUGGGCCCCCUUAUUGGCCCCCAGCCACCCUCGCUGAGGACAGCAUCCGAGGGAGUGGGUUUUGUGCAAGGAGGGUGGUCUCCUGCCUCCCGUGGCUCAUUUUCUGGGAAAUGGAGGCAUGAAAGCAGGGGUCAAAUAGCAAUAAAGUUUUUUUUUGUUUUUUGCAAUAACCUA